AUGAGUGUGGCGGCGUGCAGUGCUGUGCUGCGGGUGUGCAGGCAGGGCGGCAAGAGCUGUCCCCCUUGGGUAUGGAGACGAGAGAGCCACUGGCAGACCUCUCUGCUUGGACUGCGUACCACUCUUCCCAUGAGGGCAGAACCAAGGAAGAAGAAAAAGGUUGAUCCUAAACGGGAGCUAAUGGCAAAGGAGCGCAUGAAGAAGAAACUGAAAAAGCUGGAACGUGUCCCAGCAGAGCUUAUUCCAAUCGAAGAUUUCAUACCUUCCCCAAAGCUUUUGGAAGAAAGCAGGAUUAGGCCAACCCCAAAGAUCUCUGAAGAAGAACAGGACAGGAGAGCACUACUGAUAAAGAAAUGGGCAAAUGUUAAGCUAAAAGAACAUGAUGCAGAGCAGAGGAGUAUUGAAACUCUUCUGGAAGCGCAAAGAAAAGCUUUGGAUGAGUUACGCCUUGAGUCAGAGGAGCUUUAUCAAGCAGCAGUGCUCUGUGAUCCAACCUUGUUUCCUCUGGAACAUCAGGGACCUUUCAACACUGCACCUAUACCGAAAUACAAUCCUCCAGAUGGGAAAUACAAUGACAUUACCCAGGUGUAUAUACAACAGUGA